UGUAGUGUAUGAUAUUUUUUUUUGUUCAACAGUGUUGGUCCAUUUUCAUUUGUUAUGAUAAGUCUGAUUCGGUAACCGCUUGAAUAUACGGCAGUAUAUUCAAAAAAUUGCAAAUUAAUAUUCUUUCUAAACGUACUGUGUUGGUGACUGCUCUUGAAAAUGUUUACUCGUAUUCUGCCGUCGCGUAUUGGUCGUAGUGCGAUCAUCGCCAGCACUACCAGUAAUACUCGACCUAGCACUUAUCAUUUCGAGACUGAUAACAAACAAUCUCUGUCUAAUAUAGUCUCCGGUAAAAGGCAUUUUUCCAAGUCAUCAUCCAGCAACAUGAAGUUCGUGCAGUUCAAAGCCGGAUCCGAUAGCAGUCAGCGAUUGGGUGUGCUGUCGGAGGAUGGUGCCAAAAUUAGCGACAUCAGCGACAGCUUCGCCGGAGAUUUGAUCCAGCUGAUCCGAUCCGGAACGUCGUUGGAUGGUGUGAAAACGAAACUGGCAGGGGCCAAACAGGUUUCGACUUCGGAUGUAAGCCUACUGGCUCCGGUUACCAAUCCGCAGAAGAUUCUGUGUGUUGGGCUGAACUAUCGUGGUCAUUGUGAGGAGCAGAACAAACCGAUUCCGAAGGAGCCGAUGUUCUUCAGCAAGUACGCUUCGACUAUCGUGGGACCGUUCGAUGGAGUGGUGGCGCACAAGAUUACCGAGCAAAUCGAUUGGGAGGUUGAACUGGCGGUGGUCAUCGGCAAAGAGGCCAAGCACGUGUCCCGAGCGAACGCCAUGGAUUACGUGUUCGGGUACACGGUAGCGCAGGAUAUUUCCGCCCGUGAUUGGCAAAAGAUGCGCAACGGAGGCCAGUUUCUGAUUGGCAAAUCGAUGGACACGUUCUGCCCUCUUGGACCGGCGGUGGUCCACAAGUCGCUGGUCAAGGAUCCGCACAAUUUGGUCAUUAAGUGCGAUGUCAAUGGAGUUGAAAAGCAGAAGGGCAAUACGAGCGAGUUGGUGUUCAGGAUUGACGAUAUCAUUGAACGGGUUACGCAAUCAAUUACAUUACUGCCAGGGGAUGUCAUCCUGACCGGAACGCCGGCUGGCGUAGGAAUGCACCGCAGCCCACCGGAGUUUUUGAAACCGGGCGAUGUGAUCGACAGCGAGAUUGAAUCGCUCGGAAGAAUCAAGAACAAGGUGAUCGCCGACCAGUAGAAGAAGAGAUCGUUGCCAUUCUAAAUGGAAAUUGAAAAAAGUUUAACUGGUUUUAUUGGAUACAAGCAAA